AUGGACGCCCUAAGCCACGUCGCCGAAGCGGCCUCCAAAGCCCUCUUCGGCAGUACUGACUCGAGUUCCCAACAUGAAUCCGGCGAGGAGCCCAUCUCGGGCAAGCUGGGUAACGUAGCGGCCGGCGAGCCGUACGACGCCGGCAACAUGGGUGGUGCGCAGGCACUUUCUAACUCUCUGUGUACACACCACAAAGUCCACGUGCAAAUCACUCACUACGUCCGCAGAGUCCCCCUACGCGAGAUCCCGCGCGAGAUGACCGUUCGUACGAGGCUGACGCUGACUACGGGGUGUGCCGGUGAUGUUGAUGAAGAGCCGAGCGAAGUAGAUAUUGAGACCACUGUCGAGGACGAGAAUGGUCGACGGGUAGAUGAGGAUGCUAAGCAGAAUAGGACUGUCACGACGACGUCGACGAGUAAGGUUAUUACCGCGGGUGAUAUGAGGCCCAUGCCAGCGCCGAAGCCAGAGUUGGCGCAGGAGGAUGUUAAAACCACGGAGAAGGGGGAGAGAAUGGGAGAGGAUUUGAUGGAUAUUCCGACGGCCCUGCCGCCGAUGGUUCUUGAACCGGAGAGGACCAGGGCGUUGGGAAAGGAUGCUAACACCGCUUCGGCGGUGCCGUCGGUGAGUGCGACGGCUAGAAAGGAGUAUGAAGAGGGGAAGAAGAAUAAGAAAGAUAUAGAAGAGGAAGAUGAAGGCAUCAAGAUGGAAGACCUGGAGGAUCCCCAGCCAGAAGAGAACGUUCUCAAAGACGAUCCAGUCGACACCCCGACUGACAAAGAGACGCCUAACCCCGAUCCCCAACCUCGCCUUGACCCGAGUACAAACCCAUAUCUAUACCUUAGCCCCGUUUCGACAAAGGAAAAAGCUCCUGAGGAUGCCACCACCCGCGGCUCUCCCAAGGGCACAACCAACCCUGCGUCAACGUCAACCUUCAAUACAGGUGCCAGCGGUGAACCCCAUCUCAGAGGAAGCACAGAUUUCAACCCCCUCAAGCUGACAAUGACACCCGACACCACAAGCCCUACCACCGAAAAAGAUUUUCACAGUCACACCACCACCUCAAACCCCUUCAACGUGUUAGGAGAACAAGCCGCGAAAGACCCUUUCCUCCAAUUCUGA